AUGUUCUCUCAUAAGCCUCUAAACCGCCAACGCACCGAAGUCAGGCUCGUUCGGUUUGCGCCCGAACUCAAUCUCGCACAGGAUAUCGAACUCGAGCUGUGUCAUGCGUCCCUCGUCGAUAAUACUACGCACUACGCAGCUUUAUCCUACGUCUGGGGCGAUGUCAACGAUGCGCUCCAAGUUCGAAUCAACGGCGAGCCGUUCCUCAUAGGUCAUAAUCUUUAUGCCGCGCUCGAACAGCUGCGACGCAGGAGAGUCGAUUCAUGGCUUUGGGCCGAUUCCAUCAGCAUCAACCAAUCAGACCUCGAGGAGAAGAGUUGGCAGAUUGACCAAAUGCAUUCUAUUUUUGCCCAGGCCGACGUCGUUUAUCUGUGGUUAGGCCCAGGAAACGCGGAAAGUGAUAGGGCCAUGGACUUUAUUGCACGCAUCGGGACUCAAGCGCUCAGCUUGGGAAUCCCAAACGUAAAGACCUACUGGAAACCUAUCGAAGAGGUAGAACGUUACAUUACCGCAAGACCGCCCUCUCAACAUUCAGAUGCAUACGACCUCGUCGACGGUUCUGAACUAGCCGUUUUCUUCUUCGAUCUAUUGCAGGAAAGUGGUCUCAUGUCCACAGCUUCUCAGAGCGGCCCUUUAGAAUCGGGCAUCAUAAACCUUAUUCACAGAGAAUACUGGUAUCGUGUCUGGAUAAUUCUAGAAGUAACGGUCGCAAAAGAUGCGCGUAUCAUGUGCGGAGAGAAAGGCGCAUCUCUUGAUGUCUUCGACGCGGCAAUACUCGCCAUCACGCACUGCCGGGCGGGGUAUUGCGACUCUCACCCGGAGUACCGGCUUUUUGGACGGAAUAUCUCUGGAGGACUCUGGAGAAACACCAAGCCCAUUUUGACGCGGCAAAAACGCCUGCGCCAUGAGCCGGUAUUCUUGGCCGACAUCCUGGUUCAGCACGGCCAUCAGGCAAAGCGCCCGUUCUACACUGCUACUGAUCCUCGCGACAUCGUCUUUGCGCUGCUGGGCGUCAUUACCGACGGGGAAAAGAUGGGCGUAACGGCAGAUUAUACCAAGUCAUUUGUCGACAUCUUCUCUGCCGUAACACGGGCGCUGAUUCGCGACGGAGACGCAGGUUCUGAGGCGUACCACCUUGAUCGCUGCGUGCCAAGGGUCGACAACCAAGACGGCCUACCAAGAUGGGUUCCUGACUGGCGAAAGGUCGGACGCUCGGGACUUCGUCCAUCAUUCGGUCGCAGGAAGGGGAGUUGCACCGCUGGCGUGCCACCGCCGUCGUACGCCGCGUGUGACGACAACUGGAGAAACCCCUUGGUCCUUCGUCGUGCUGGAUGCAGGGUGGAUGUCAUCACUGAAGUUUUGCAAUUGCCCCCCUCUGCACAGCUCAAUCCUGAGUCUUGGCUCACUUCCGUUGUUGGCUUUACUGGGUUAGGCCCUUCGACUGAUCCCGCAGAGGACUAUGUUUGGCGAACCGUCUUCACGGGCCGCCUUCAUCCUUACAUCCCUUCAGAGGAAAUCUCUCGGCUCACUCGCAAACUCCUGCGUCAAGAGCAUAUCGAGGUCAAUGCUCUGACCCAAGACCAGACCGAAUUCAUCCGUGACUGGCCUGAGAGCUUUAGUCUCAUGGGGGAGAAAUCUUCCAACAUGAACGAGCAAAUGGCGGCAUUUAAGCAAGUCUUACUGGAGCUUGCAAUCGUUGAUGGAACGACACUUUUCAAGACGGCAAAAGGUAUGCUUGGCUUAGGUCACAUCGUAAUCCGAGCAGGGGAUAUGGUGACUCUGUUGUGGGGUGUGCGGGCUCCUAUAAUCCUGCGACCACGAGAGGAUGAGAGGAGCAGCAACGCCUUUGACUUCAUGGGGGACGCAUAUGUGGACGGAAUCAUGGGUGGCGAGUUCCUGGCGACUGAACCAACCCACGUGGAAUUCGAUAUCUAUUAA